CGUUAAACAAGUGUGGAAGUAUGGCUCCAUCCCCCUUCUACACUGCAGUGCUGCCAAAACUGUGCUGUUCAUCACGGAGGGAAAUGCCUGUUGAAUGCUGUGCGUGUGUGCUGGAACUGUGCGUGCACUAGAGGACACUUACCGGUACGCUGCCAGCUUCGUUGAAAAUGGAGAGAGGAAGAUCCACUGCGCCGAGAAGGAGGGUGCUGCGUCCUCAGAGGUUCCGUGACGAAGAAGAUGUCGGCCAAGUCCACGGUUCCGGUGCGAAGAGGAAGGUAAAUUUCUCCCCUCUAGGUGGACGCUCCAACAGGCGACGCAGGAUGAUGGAGGCCAUCACUGGAGACGACGCCGCCAGCAGCCACGGACCGGAGGAAGAGUUCGGAGGAAGCGGGUCGGAAGAAGAUGGCGGCGGUAUGAAGAUGCAGGCAUCGCGAGACUCGGAUGACGUCAUCGCACCGGAAGGAGAAACCGAGAGGAGGAGGAGAGUUGGAUCCAAUGGAGAAAGGAGAGAGAGCAGAAGGGAGAGGAGGAAGCAGGACCUUCAAGACGGCAGGAAGGAAGGGAGAGGGCUUCAUCCAGUACAGAAGGGCAGUCUUCACAGAACGGCGACAGGACCAAGGUGCCUACACGGAAGACUACUAUGGGUGAGUUGAAUAUUUCUUCUGAUUCAGAAUCUGAUUUUGAGGGGUCAGAUAGUGAGACUGAGGGAGGAAAGAUAUUAUCAUUAAUGAAAAAAUUCUUUAGAGGAAAAGGGAAAGAAAAAGGUUUAGGAAAAACAAAAGAAAGUAGUCAAUCAAUGGUGCUAGUUGGAGCAGCAGAUACUUACGCAUGCGCGUUGACAGAAACAGCAGAUCACUUGCCGAGGAAAACUAGGAAAAAUAUUGAGGCUGGAAAAUUUGUGGAUAUCUAUGAGUUGACUAGGGAAGCUGUUCAGGCAAAGGAGGACGGGGUGAAAACCGAAGAGAAAGGAAAAAAGGGAAAAACAAUUUUCGAUUGGUUGAAGGGAUUCUUGGUUUUUGCAAGCCUAUACUUAGAGAAAAAACCAGAACAAUGUUUGAAUAUUAUAAAGUACAUAGACACAAUAGUCGAUACAUAUUUGUUUUAUAAAGGCUCUUCAUGGUCUGAUUACGACAGGGCUUUUAGGAAGAAGAUAUUGAGUAGCAGGGUCUUGUCUUUUGGACAAAAGGAUAUAGAUUUGUGGACGAGAUUGGUUUCAAAAGAUAAUGGUUCAGCUGGCAAUGGCAAUAAAGGGUCAUAUGCUUUUAAGCCCAGAAACAUCUGUUUUGCGUACAACGAGAAAAGGUGUACUAGGGGCUAUGCGUGCAGGUUUAAGCAUUCUUGUUUGGCUUGCGGAUCUUCUCAUGCGGUAUCUGAAUGUAAUAAAAAGAAAGAAGGUCAGAUAAACAGGCAGCCUUUUCGAACAGCUUACCAGAAGAGCGGAAACGCCAAUACAGACAGCCAGGCUAAGUAAAGAGUUGGCAAGUUACCCAGACAAGGAAGCCGCAAAAUUUUUAACAAAAGGUUUUUUGGAAGGUUUUAGGAUCCCAGUUUUACACCCUCCCCCACCCAGCAAAGUUUUUAAAAAUUUGAAAUCAGCUAGUCGACAUACCGAAGUUUUGAAGCACAAAAUUGAAAAAGAAAUAAAAGCAGGGAGAAUGGCAGGACCAUUUGAGGACUUGCCUAUUGAGGGGCUAGUAGUGUCACCUUUAGGUAUAGUCCCAAAAAAGGAGUCAGGAAAAUUUAGAAUGAUACAGCACCUUUCAUAUCCAGAUGGAGAAUCGGUGAAUGAUGCUUUAGACGAGGAACAGUGUAAAGUACAAUAUCAGUCUUUCGAUGAAGCAUUGGAAAUAGUUAGGAGUCAAGGAAAAGGGGCAUUGUUGGCAAAGGUAGACAUCGAAUCUGCAUUUAGGUUGUUACCCUUACAUCCAGAAAGCUUUAGAUUGACAGGUUGUCAUUUUCAGGGAGCAUUUUAUGUCGACCUAUGUCUACCCAUGGGCUGCGCAAUCUCUUGUUCAUUUUUUGAGACUUUCAGCACCUAUUUGCAUUGGCAGUUAUAUAAAAGAUCAGGCAACAAAGCUAUAGCUCACUAUUUAGAUGAUUUCCUGAUCAUAGGCCCCAGACACUCUGCAAUCUGUCAGGACACAUUAGCAAUAUUUCUGCAUAUGUUGAAGGAAUUAGGAGUGCCAGUGGCCGUUGACAAAACAGUAGAACCAACCACAAAAUUGACCUUUUUGGGUAUUGAGAUUGAUACAGGGGCCAAAAUGUGUAGAUUACCAAGAGAAAAGGUAGUAAAAACUAGGCAAGCAGUUAGGAGAUUGGAAGCAGCGAAUAAAGUAUCACUGAGGGAAAUGCAACAAGCCCUAGGUCUAUUGAAUUUCGCAUGCAGGAUAAUACCAAUGGGUCGCAUUUUUAACAGGAGAUUGGAAAAAUCCACAUCAGGGGUUAAUAAACCAUUUCAUAAAAUAAGGGUCACAAAGGAAAUGAAAGCAGAUUUGAAAAUAUGGAACUGUUUCUUAUCUAAAUUCAAUGGUGUCAGGUUAUGGUUAGCAGAAACACAAAUUAAUCAAGAGGUAGAGCUUUUUCACAGAUGCAGCCGGAAGCGUUGGCUUUGGAGCUUACUUGGCAGGGAAAUGGUGUGCGGCCAGGUGGCCGCAAGCAUGGCAUGACAAAGGUCUGACAAAGAAUUUGACAUUGUUGGAGUUAUUCCCAAUCUUGGUAGCAUUGGAGCUUUGGGCAGAAGAUUUGAAGGAUAGGGCAAUUAAGUUCUUUUCUGAUAACAUGGGAGUGGUCCACGCAGUGAAUAACCUGUCAUCAGACUCAACCCCAGUAAUUGGACUACUAAGACAUCUGGUUCUGAUUUGUAUGAGGUUUAAUAUAUCGUUCAGAGCCCAACAUGUACCAGGGGUAGAAAACACUAUAGCAGAUGCCUUGUCUAGAGAAAAGUGGGAUAUUUUCUUUAAGUGCGCUCCAUAUGCGGAAAAAUCAGCUUACGCAUGCCCUAAAAAUUUAUGGCAGCUCGUGACCCCCUCUUAGAAGAAUUGUGUGAAAGGGAAGUAUCCGAAAAGACUCUUUCCAGCUACAAAAGGGCCUGGAAGAGAUGGCAGAUAUUCUGCAGAAGCGGUAAGAGCAAUCAAGGCACUAAGGAUUUGGUGUCAUUUUUAAUGGUCCUGUACAGAGAAGGAAAGUCAAGAGCAGGAGCCAGCAACGCAUUAGCCGCAAUUUCUCAUUUUUCCAUAGUAAAGGGUAGAGCAGAUAUCACACAUGAUCCAUUAGUUAGGAAAAUAAUGAAGGGAUGGGCAAGAGUUGAAGGCCCCAGGGUCGAUAAGCGAGAACCCAUAAUUGAAUGCAGACUAAAAAUGAUUCUGAACUCUCUUGAGGAGGUGUGUUCAGACCAAUUUGAAUGUAUUUUGUUUAGAGCAGCCUUCGCUCUGGCUUUCGGAGGAGCAUUUAGGAUAAGCGAAUUGGUCCCCCCAUCCAAGAAGGUAACAGAUAAAGGUUUAAUGUAUAGCCAGGUUUUAUUACAGGACAGGAAGUUGUUAGUUUACAUCAGUAGAUCAAAAACAGAUCAGUUGGGUAAGGGCAGAUGGUUCAGUAUAGAAAAAACUUCGAGAAUAACAUGCCCGGUCAAGGCCUUGCAGGAUUACAUAGGGAUGCGCCCAGCAGGGGGGCACCUUUUGUUAAUUCACAGGGACUUAUCCCCCAUGUCAGCAUUUCAAUUUAGGCAAGUGCUCAAAAAGGCAGUCAUUGCGAACGGAUGGGAUCCUAAAAAAUUUGGAUCACAUUCAUUCAGGAUAGGGGCAGCAACAGAAGCAGCAAUGAGGGGAGAAACAGAGGAUAGGAUAAAAGGAAUUGGGAGGUGGAAAUCAAAAGCAUACAAAAAAUACAUACGCCCCAUAAAUGUAACACAGUAGUAAUCCUACAAUUUUUAACCUACCCCCCCCCCUUUUUUCUUUGGUUUGUUGCUGCAGGGGGAAAAGCUACCUGCAACAUUUUGAUCAUAGGCCACUCCUUUAUUUUUUGGGCAAGACAGCAUGCAGCAGGCAAGCAGUUGGGGUUACCGGAGGAACACAUGAAGAUUACAUGGCAGGGGUGGAGAGGCAUGAAGUGGGAACAAAUGAGAGGCCGGUUGUAUAGUUCAAUACAGAAGUUCAAGUUCAUAAACCUGGUGAUAGUACAUGCUGGGGGAAAUGACCUUACGUCAAUCAAAACCCCAGCGUUGAUAGAAAGCAUGAGAAAGGACUUGGAGGAUUUAAUGUCCAGCAACAAGAUAGGGGGAGUGGCUUGGUCAGACAUCAUACAGAGAGGAGAAUGGCGAGGAGCAGUUUCCCCCCAGGGCAUUGAAAGAGCCAGGAAAAAAAAAAGUAAACCGGGCCAUGCACAAGAUCAUGUGUUCCUCAGGUAACGGGGUAAUUAGACAUGACAAUAUAAGGUACCGACAAACACAGCUUUUUAGAAAGGAUAAAGUACAUUUGACAGAGGAAGGUUUGGAUUUGUUCUGGGCAAACUUCAGGAAUUAUAUAGAAGAAUGGUGGAGGUCGCAGGAGGUCUAGGUGGGCCAUGGAAAA